CAUCGCCACCCAUCUAUGCAUACAAAUCUCAACAGUGUCCCAAACGCAAGACUCGAAAUAUUUUCCAUUCCAAAACAUAAUCUUUAACAGAUCUAUUCAAAAUGUCAGACCAACCAAGCUCAAACAGCCAAACUGGCAGUGACUCCGUCCAACGCGGAGGCGCAGGCAUGGACAAGACGCCCGCCAACCCUGAUGGUGGCAAGCCCGAUACUCCUCAAGCUACGACGACCAAGGCUUUCAAUCCUGCUGAUGAACCCGAUUUCGCGAAGACGAAGCCGGGAAACCCACCUCAUAUUUUGGGGAAUGUUAUUGAAGGGUUGACGGCUGGGACUACGAGGUCUUCCUAGGUGGGAGGUGGAAUCCAGGAGUGAAGACACUUGGAGGCCUACGUUUGAGAGCAAAAUGCAAAAAAUGUAUUGAUGGGAAACAUCAUAGUUCCAAGAUGUCACAGCUGC